UGGAGUUUUGUCCGCAAUAUUGUCUUACGAAUGUCUUUUUCAAUAAAAUGCUAAUUUAAGGCAGAAUGAAUCAUGAAAAUCAUUCUGAUUAUCGAGAAGUUCUUUGUUCUGAGGAUUUCAACGUUCAACUAGCAGUUGAGAAGUUUGGCGGAAUCGGGCAAGCUGAGUUCAUUAGUCGGGAUCUUAACGAUAGGUUGCUCUCAGUUGAUUCAGAUAUACGCUAUCAUGUUACAGAACACUACGAGGAUCUCAUUUCGCAUUCGACCGGCAUUAAAAGAGUUGAAAAUGUACUCAACAUGAUGCAAGGAAAAUCACAAUCGCUAUCCUUGUCCAUUAAUCGGGUGAAGGCGAAGGUUGACGAUAGUUAUGUGAAAGCGCAUAGCAAAGUUGUCCAAUUAGAGAACAUGCAAAAUGUCUGUGACUCCCUUCGCAAAGUUAUUCGGGUUCUGUUCAUCGGCAGAAGGCUUCAGCAGCAACUCGACACAGGCGACCGUGACUUAGCUAAAGCAGCUCAAAGUGUCUGGCAGUUAGACCAACUAUUUUCUUCAUCGGAAGAUUUGCAAAAAAUCGAAGUUUGCAUUCCUGUUGAAAGAUUGCUCAAAGAAGCUGCUCAGAAAAUCAAAGUGAGACUAGUUGAGUUGUUACACAAAAGUCUCAUGGAAGAAAAUCACAAUACUCUUGGCAGUGUAUUGCAGGCGUACUACCAUCUGAACAAGCUGACCUCAUGUCUCGCGAAUGUAGUCGAAGAAUUGAAGAAAAACCUCAGCACUGACGUUUCUAAAUUACUGAGCAUAAACCAGCUGAAUAAAAACGAGAGUAGUCGCAGUUUCGGGCCUGGAAAAGCAAACAUGCCGAUCACUGGAAAUUCAGUUGUGAUCAGGUCGAAUUUCUGGACGAACACUGAAAAGAUUGUCAACUUAUGUGUGGCAAGCAUCCAAAAAUUCCACUUCGUUGUGACUUUACUCUCGAAGAAAAAAGACACAGCCACAAAUUACUGUUCGUUUUUGGAACUGGUUGCAAACGAAAACGAAGAUUUAAUAUCUCUUGAUUCGUACUUCACAUUUGUACAAAAUCUGCUCAAAACGGAGUACGCAAAAUGCGCUUCGAACAGCAGUGCUCUAAAACAGAUAAUCGAGAGCGAGUACCCAAAAUUUCUGAAGUCGUUCCUUGGAAUGCGUGACAAGAGCGCAUCGUAUAUUGAGUUGAAAUCUGAUUCUAGCGUGGGUUUCGAAUUUCUGAAACGCCCUAAAGAUGAUGUGCAAAAUGGGUGGAAGAAAUGUCUGGAUGAGUUCAAGAGUGCAUAUCUGUCCAGAUCUCUGUCCAGGUUAUUUGAUCCAGUUAAUUUGGCAUUCUCGAAGAAGGACGUGAAGUUGCCGACCGAAGAGGAAACUAACGCGAUUCUCGGCGGCAUAACAUCCGAACUAUCAGUUGUUCAAUUCGACCAAGAUUUGACAGCUUCAGUUUGCAAAAAUAUUGGCAAAAUGCUUAGUCUCUACGCUAUCAAAGCCGAAGAAAUUGUUCCUUCGAACGCGCCUGAAUGUUGGCAAUUGCUUACAAAUAUGAAUGAAACACAACUGUUUAUGGUGAAUGUCGCAAAUACAGUUUACGCUUUCAGGUCAAACGCACUCGAAAUUUUAGACAAAAAUAACUUGUCACAGAGUUGCAGAAUUAUUCUGAACCCUUCUAUUGAAAAGUUGGAAUUAACUGUGAAUUCUAUUUUGCAGUCAUGGCUUGGACAAGCGCAGAAUUACAUCAAGGAUAUUAUCAAGACUAUGCAUACUGAGAAAUAUGUGCUUGACUCAACAGUUUUAGCAACUGAAAGGUGUUCGCUCUAUAUUCGAGAGCUAAGCGCUUUCACAAAUCGAGUUAAUACGAGUUACCUCAGCAAAUUCACAUGCUAUUCGUGUGUCGAAAAAACCUGCGAAGGUGUUUUCAGAGUCUCAUCUGAGUUUUUGAUGGUUCAUAUUGCAAUGAUUUGUGAAAUAAACGAAGCAGGAAUAUCAGUUAUAAAUAAGGAUAUAGAGCAAUUCGAAGCUUGUAUGCGCCAACUUUACCCGAAUUCAAACUUCGCUUUCAAGAAAUUACGUAUGUUUUCAACAGUUUUGUCGUACCAACCGGAAGCUCUAAUUGAAUUCGUGAAAAAUUCCGAUUUGAUCAGGCCUAGUGUAGUGUUGAUGUUGAUGUUUUCGCGCGCAUUCCCGGAAAUCACUCCUCCGCACAUUGCAGCGGAUAUGGAUAACUUAGACAUGAGUAAAUGGUUUGAUGAUCACCCAACUGAAAAAGACAGAAUCGCAUUUUUCAAUUCGGGCUUGGAAGCUUACGUGCAAAAAGUAAGAAACGAAGGCGCGAAAGAGUAUUCAAAAUAUUACCCGCAUUUGAGGAAUUUGCUGCAGAUAUCAUUUGAAAAAAUAUCGAAGGCAGCUGUAAAUCAGCAAAGCACACUCCUGUAACUGAAUAACUCCAGCAAUAAUCUAAACUCACUGGUUUGGUUGUAAAUUAAAUUGGGUUACAUAUCAACUAAAUAUAUGAUUGGGUAAAAAUGAUUUAUUUGAAAGUGUGAAUUUAAACAGUUAUUUGUAAUUACUGACGUGUCAAUGAACGCAGUGUAGAUAUUUUUUAGG